CAUCAGACGCUGACCCAGUUCUUGAAUGACUUCGGAGACCCAGAUGUUUCAGAAUGCACAUUCUGGAAGCCAAUGGCUAUUGACAAUUCUGCUGCUGUUUGCUUUUGCAGACGGGCAGACUGCAGAUCUUCCAAAGUCUGUGGUGAAACUUGAGCCCCCAUGGAUCCAGGUGCUCAAGGAAGACCUUGUGACGCUGACGUGCGAAGGGACCCACAACCCUGGGAACUCUUCUACCCAGUGGUUCCACAACGGGAGCCCCAUCCCGAGCCAGGUCCAAGCCAGCUAUACGUUUAAGGCCACAGUCAAUGACAGCGGAGAAUAUCGGUGCCAAACGGGGCAGACGGACCUCAGCGACCCUGUACAUCUGGGAGUGAUUUCUGACUGGCUGCUGCUCCAGACCCCUCAGCUGGUGUUUCUGGAAGGGGAACCCAUCAUGUUGAGGUGUCACAGCUGGAAGAACAAACAGCUCAACAGGAUCUUGUUCUUCCAGAAUGGAAAGCCUGUGAGGUUUCAUCAUCACAGUACUAACUUCUCUAUCCCAAAAGCCAACCACAGUCACAGUGGGGACUACUACUGCCAAGGAAGUCUAGGAAGGACCCGGCACACCUCCAAACCUGUCACCAUCACUGUCCAAGGUCCAGCAACUAAAAACCCCGUCUCUCUAGUCUGGUACCAUGUGGCUUUCUCCCUAGUGAUGUGCCUCCUGUUUGCAGUGGACACGGGCCUUUAUUUCUAUGUACGGAGAAAUCUUCAACCGUCGGGGGAGUACUGGAGGAAAUCCCUGUCAAUCAGAAAGCACCAGGCUCCUCAGGACAAGUGACAUCCCAUCGAAUGGUGAAACAGCAGUGGCAACAGCAUCUUUUCUGCCGCAUUGCGGCAUCUUCUACAGCCUUCCCUUGAAAACAACUUACAAUCAGGCCAGAUACUUGGUCCUGCGAUCACAACUACUUAGGAGGCUGGGCAGAAGGAUCAGCAGUUCAAGGCCUGCCUGUGUUAUGUAGAGAGAGUGAGUGCGAGUCUAGCCUGGAUAACCCAGUGAGAUCCUGGGUUUAGGUGGCUCAUCAGGAAACAGCCUGUUGCUAAGCUCGAAAACAAGACCAGAGUUUGAUCCCUGCUACCCAUAUGGCAAAAGGAGAGAACAAAUUCCUGACAGCUGUCCUCUGACCCCACACUCCCACCAUGGCGGGUGCACACAAUAAAUAAACUAAAAUGUAAUAUAUAUUUUUAAACAAGAGGCAGGGGCAGGCUGCAAGAGGGGGCUUGGUGGCAGAGCUGUUAUCCAGUACACAUGAUGCCUGGGUUUAACCUGUAAUAAAACAGAAAUCAAUGUGGGCUAAGGA